AAAACUAUCAACAAAUUCUUACGUAAAGGAUGUCUCGCAAUCUUUUUUCAUUAGCACAUAGUUAGUUUUCAUCAUAUUAACAUUUAUACGACCAUUUACAAAUUUUUGAACUCAAACUCACCAUUAUUUUGUUUUGAAAGGCUGUUCCGGAAGUGAUAGCUCUGAAUACAAGUGGCUACAUAAUUCAUUAGAACUGUGUUAGCGGCUAACCAGCUCAACUGAGCCACCUGGGAAAUUAUCGGGAAAUCGACACCAUUUUUCACCCUUCUUCGUGUGUUUUUUUAUGUUGACGUGGACUGAACUACACUACACUUUUUGGAGAGUUUGUGUCGGAGGAUCACCUAACUCCGGGAUCGCAAAGUGACAUCUUGACUGACUUACCGCAGAAGUGAUCAUGACUGUUUGCCGAGAUCUGUGGUCCAGGAACCUCCUGGCUCUCUCGCUGCUCCUCUACUUCCUGCUGACUUUAGAUGUUCACGCGCGUCCGGCCAACAUGUCAUCCUCCAAGGAUAAGUCUCCAGCCACAAAGGAUGAGAACGAGAUCCUUCCACCUGACCACCUGAAUGGGUUAAAGAUGGAAAUGGAUGGCCACCUCAACAAGGACUUCCACCAGGAAGUGUUCCUGGGGAAGGAGAUGGAUGACUUUGAAGAGGAUUCAGAGCCACGGCGGAACAGGAAGAAGCUCAUUGAGAUUUUUACCAAAGUCGACGUCAACAAGGAUCGGAGUGUGAGUGCCAAGGAGAUGCAGCACUGGAUCGUGGAGAAGACGAAGGAGCACUUCAAGGAGGCCAUGGAGGAGAACAAGAACAGUUUCCGGGCCGUUGAUCCAGAUGGGGACGGUUACGUAACAUGGAAUGAGUACAAAGUCAAGUUUCUUGCCAGCAAAGGUUUUAAUGAAACAGAGGUUACUGAUAAAAUAAAGAAGAAGGAAGAGCUGAAACUGGACGAAGAAACUCAGGAGGUGUUGGAGAGCCUAAAGGACCGCUGGUUUCAAGCCGAUAAUCCUCCUGCUGACCAGCGGCUGGAUGAAGAAGAGUUUCUCUCCUUCCUCCACCCUGAGCACAGCAAAGGCAUGCUCAGAUACAUGGUGAAGGAAAUAGUGCGAGACUUGGAUCAGGACAGAGACUGGAAGUUGACCCUGUCGGAGUUCAUUUCUUUACCUGUUGGCACUGUGGAGAACCAGCAGGGGCAGGAUAUCGAUGACGAUUGGGUCAAAGAGAGAAAGAAGGAGUUUGAGGAAGUCAUUGACUCGGACCGCGAUGGCAUCGUAACCAUGAAUGAGCUGGAGGAGUACAUGGACCCGAUGAACGAGCACAACGCUCUGAACGAGGCCAAGCAGAUGAUUGCUGUUGCAGACGAGAACCAGAACCACCGCUUGGAGCUGGAAGAAAUCCUGCGGUACAGCGAAUACUUCACCGGCAGCAAGCUCAUGGAUUACGCCAAAAACGUGCACGAGGAAUUUUGAGCACAAAGCUUGCAAACGUGUUCCCACCUCUACACACACACACACACACACACACACACACACACACACACACACACACACACACACACACACACACACACACACACACACACACACACACACCUCCUAAAUCUGAUUCAGGGACAAGUCUGGAUCUUUAGUUUGUUUAAUCCCAUCACUGGCUUUUUUUUCCCCCAAACAUUGAAAGUUAACAUGAAGUACUUUCUGUGCAACAUCAGAUGGUAAUUUGGGGAUUUUGUCUUCUCCGAAUAAAUUUCUUAAAUUGUGAAUUGUGUGUAUAUGAUGAAUUUUAGCCCUAAUGGUACUGUUUGUGUUGGCUGGUGCAGUCAUUUCGCCAGCAUGUCUGUAUACAGUGUAAAUAUUGACAUUUGUUGCAUAGCCAUAUGUGUGUUGGAGAGAGCAGAGCUACUUGGAUGUAAUAUAGACAGUUAGUCUCAUCAAUAAGUCAUUGCUUUGAGUAUUUUUCUAAAAUUGAUUUCUGAUGCUUUUUUGUAAGUGUCACAGUAGGAAUGAUUGGAUUGAUUAAAAACCUGUUAAUGUUUCUAAAAGCUGCAUCAGUAAAUUUAUAUAUGUUUAUGCAAAUAGAUAUAUAUAUCACACAGAUCUUUAUUCAAACUAGCAAAUUACAAAAACAGUUAAUAAAUUAAUAUAUUAUCAGUGGUUGUUACUUUGAUGAACAGAAAAAUAAAUUGCAUCUGAAUGCAGUAUGUCUACUUUCUUUUAUAAUGGAAAAGACAUGGGGAUGCUGUUUUCUAAAAGCAGCUUAACUUCUUUAUACUUUUAUUCAUGUGGAUGAAGAUGGAUUUUAUUUAUUGACCUGUUUAAUUUUGAAUGUUUUAAUGCCUUGCACUUAUUUACUUUGGGUGUCCUUGUGUUGGUUCCUCAUAAUUAUUCAGGUUUCUGUGAAAUUGUCUGGGUAUUUUUUUAUUAUUAUUAUUUUUAAAUGCAUGAAUACAAGAAAAAUGAACGUUCACAUGGAGCAUUUGGGAUCCUGCUGCUGGUUGUGCUGUCCUUGAUUCGAUUGUAAAAUAAGAUUUAUAAUAACAGAAUGUUUCGCCUUUUUAAAAUGUACAACAAAUAAACAUUUAUCAACUAAAAAUUGCAA